GGGAGCAGAAAACACAAACGUCCGAAGGGGAUCAAGCCGAGGAGCACAACUUAGCGACCUUCGAUGGUUGUUGUUUUAGGUCGGCGUGCUGUAUUUGUUUGUGCUGCUUGCUGUGUGCGCAUACGUCAGUCGGACUCAUCUGGGACCCGGUCCCGGUGCGGAGAGGACGGCGAAGUUGCUCGCUGGAAUGAGCACGAACUUUUCCCAACUUACCGAAAGUUUUUCUUUGGUGACGUUUCCCCCCGUUUUCUCGACGCUGUCAUGUAUGGAUAACGAAGGUUCUGGAUCAGAUGGAUCCUGACUUCGGAUCUCUCCAUCUGCCUGGGAAUAGUUCUAAAUGACGGUGGGAGUUCUGUGAGGGUUCUGCAAAAUGGCAGCCCCGUGCGCCCCGGAGCGGCUCCGGAGGACUGUGUGGCUGCUGGGCUGUUCGCUCUUGUGUUUCGGGCUCUUCUCCGCGGCGCUCCCGAACCACCCCCGGCGACUGGUCUGCUGGCAAGCCAUCAUGAACUGCCAGAGCGAACCGGAGUGCAACUACGCCUACGAACACUACAUGCGCGCGUGUGGACCGGUACUCGAGGGGCAGAGGAAGAAGUGCCCCAGCCACUGCAUCGCCUCUUUGAUCCAGCUCAACCAGACGCGCAACGGACCGGCUCUGGAGGACUGCAGCUGCGGCAACGACCUGAUGUGCAAGAGCACCAAGCGUUCCAUCGAGCCAUGCCUGCCCCGGACUAGCAGCACCGGCUGCACGGAGGCUCGGCGCCAGUGUGAGCGGGACCAGCAGUGCAGCUCAGCCAUGCACGACUACCUGCACAACUGCGGGAAACUCUUCGGCGGGGCGGUGUGCACUAACGCCUGCAGAAAUGUGAUCGCCAACAUGCGCAAGAUCCCCAAAGGUCAGCAGCUGGACACAUGCAUGUGUGACGGCACCGAGAGAGCCAUCUGCGAGUUCGUGAAGAGCAGCAUGAACGCGCUGUGCUUCGACUCCCCCGGCAGGGAGGAGAGCAGUGGCUCUCACGAAGGUUUGGACUGGGAGGAUGACGAGGACGUCUCUUUUGACCCAGACGACAGAUACGAAGCAGAGCGCGGGGGCUCUCCAGCCGCGAGCCACUUGGGUUUGACCCUGCUGGCAUCCAUUUUGACUACGGCAGUCCUCACAUAGAAACCCGGGGUCGUCGUCUGCAUCCCAACUUUUGACCUGUGGUUCUUUGAACUUUGAGGAUCUCAUCUCAAGCAGGAUGUUUUCUAUGCAAAUCAGUCCUCUCUUAUCAAACAGAUAAGCUAAGUCUUGGAGAGAAAAAGCAAACAACCUAUUUUUGUAUGUUGCCGUGGUAUCAGAUUGACAGGUGGAAUUCUGUAUAUAGACAUGAGUGAAAGAUAAUUUAUUACAAUACAUCCAAAUGUUUGUCUAGAAUAGAAGAAGAGAAUUCCAGCUUUAAAGGGAACGACUUUUCUAUAUUCAAAUGUACAAUCUUGUGUAUAUGUGUAUAUAAACAUAUAGAUUUUUCUGAGAAAAUCCUCUAUGUUGUAGGCGAGCUGAUGACUGUGUACAGCCUAUAGAAAAACGUCUAAAUCCACUGUAUGACUGCCUUGAUGAUACACUUUUAUAGAAGGCAUAAAGGAAACUUGAAGAUAUUCCUGACUCGUUUUAUGCCCAUAUAUGGUCUCUGGUGCUCAUCAAACACUUUUUAGACUGUAUGACUAUGCAGAGGUCACCAGUCCGUCUUGACCACCCAACAACUGAAGCUACAGCAUUUCUUAAAAGACAUUUGUUCCAAACAAAUCCAAACAUGUAAAGGAAUUGUGACUUUGAAAUGCUCAUCAAGGUGUGAAAAUUCUAAUUAUUCUGCAGCUUAUUUCGGCACAGUCAGGUCAGAAAGUUUUGUUUCUUCGUACUGUAAUGUGUCCUGAAUAUUGAAAUACUUCAAUGACACACCAAUGAACAAUACAUGUUUGUGUAACAUAUUACUUAGCUGAAGUUUAUAGAACUGCAAAAAAGAACAAACAAAAACGAUUUUUUUCCUAUAAUUUGUGGUCUAAAGUGAUAUCUAAGUGUUGAAUAAAAAGUUAUGAGACAGGUAUACAUGUUAAAAAUUGAUUUUAGAAUUUGUACAUCAGGACCAGGUAAAGUAGUGUAUUUUGAGGACGGUAUCGCACACAAAGUUAAAAUUAUGGUUUAUUUGUAUAUUAUAAAACAUUUCAGUAUUAAUACUUAAUACUGGCGGUUAAAUCCGUACAUCUUCACUUUAAAUGUCGUAGUGUGUUUGAAUCAAAAUAUCCAAGCUGAGGUGAAAAUGGGGGAACAAAUCCACUUUAAUCAGGUAUGCGUGUGACUAUCUGUUGAUGGAGCUGUGUUGCACAGUGGCCUGUUUGUCUCACAUGAAGCAGAUUCAAAGAAAUGUGUAUCGUGUAUGUGUCACCUUCGGCAUAUAUAACCAGAUCACAGAAACCUCCAUUAUUAAUGUGGGCAACAACACAUUAGCAUUGUUCACUGAGAACUCACCUGGAUUUCCUUCCCAAAAGAUUGUUGCCAUUAUUUACAACCUGAUCUCCGGGUGACAGAGCAGCGAAUGACCCAGGACCUUUGAUUUUAGCAGCCCAAUGGCAAAAGCAACUGUCACUGCAAAUGAAGAGAUCAACCUCUCUGGAUCUGUGGGCCCUUGUGGCGUUCAAUUGGGAUGUUACUUAUGAAGAUUGAUCGUGAUAACAUACUGUACCAGUGAUGCGUGAGAUAGCAAGUAGCCACCAACUAAGCUAACAUGAGUUACUGCCUGUCAAGUCCAUUGACGGCUCAGAUUUGGGGUGGAGUGCUCGCAAGCGCUUGCCGAGUUUCUUCUCACCAGUCACUAGUCACUUAGUCACUAAUCUAUCUCUUGAAAGGGAUCAAUAUAUUUAAAACACGAGGUCACAUGGAGUUUUAGAUGCCAUUGCUUAAGCCACUUCAUUUCUAAGCUU